AUGGCCAAAGAAUAUACCAAAGAACAAUUAAAUUAUUUCAGAAUUUGUUACGUAACAACUGAUGUACUAGCCGACGGCCUGAGAGAAAUUUUUAAAAUAGAAUGGGACAAACUCUACAAAUCAACAAAAGGAGAAUGGAGAGAUGAUCCUCGAAAUGGAUUUGACUUUUACAUUGGAGAGUCACCACGUAACCAAAGAAAAAAUGCUCAUCUUUUGGCCACCAUGAGAAAUGGAAAUAGAGAAGAAUGGGAUUGUACAAUGCUGUUUUACGCUAUCCUUUACUCUGAUUGUGUCGGACCCAGCCUUGCCUCAACAGUCAGAAAAAAUGUGGAUGAUCUAAGAAAUUUUAGAAACACGGAAUUCGCUCACAUCCCUCAAGGACGUCUCUCUGACAUGGAUUUUAAGAAUGCCAUUAGCAAAGUUGAUGUCACAUUCCAAGCUCUUGGUCUGCCUACUGUAAAAAUUCAAGAGAUACAAAAUCAGGCAACGUUUCCAACGAAACAUUUAUUAAACAUCUUGAAAGAGGUUGACAAUGUCAAGAAGGACCUCCAAGAAAAAGAGGAUCAACGCCAGGUCCUUACAGACCAGCUAAGGAAAGAAGUGCCUUCAUUCUGUAUUCUCCCUCCUAAACCUGCACACGACAUUGGGAGUCGCGAUCGCGAGGUAGAAAAAAUAGCCCAACAGCUGAAGCAAUUAAAGAAGGCCAAUUGCAACAGGUUGAGUUAUUCAUACAUCUCAGGAAAUCCUGGGAGUGGCAAAUCCCAGCUAGCUGGUCUCGUGGCUCAAAGAUUUUAUGAGGAAGUGAAAGAAAUGCCAAGCUCUUCUUCAUUUGUAAUGACUAUAAACGCUGCCAGUCUAGAUUCCCUUCUGGAGUCAUAUGCCAACUUCGCUCGUCAAUUAAAGUGCCCGGACUAUUCAGUGAUGCAGACCCUGAGUUACAAGGAGUGGUCCAUUGGGGACAAGAUCUCCCAUCUUAAGAUGCUCAUUGAAGCAAAAAUUAACUAUUACACGUCGUGGCUAAUGAUUGUUGACAAUGUCACUACCCUUUCGUCUGUGCAUGUUCACCUACCACAGUCAGGAAACGAGGCGUGGGCAAGGGGUCAGUUAUUGAUAACGACGCAGGAUACAACGUCAAUCCCCCUAGAAAGCUCUUUAGUUAAUCACGUCUCAGUUAGUAAAGGUAUGGAGCCAGACGAUGCCAGUUGUUUAUUGGCCAAGCUAUCUGGUAUCACCGACGGUGAGCUAGGGGCAGGGGUAGCAAAAAACUGGAUUAUCAGCCUCUUGCCUUAG